AUGACCGCAGUUGCGAAGAACGGCUCCUCUGAAAAUCAGACCCUUCCCAGAGGACUUCCUAUCGAGCUCUACCAGCAUAUCUUGAGCUACAUAGCACCAGAACACGACAGUACGCUCCACAUUGACAAGGUGUGCCAUGUUGCGAGAUUCGUGCCCUGCCAUUUGCCCAGUCUGACUCUCGGCAGGCCAUUAUCAAGAGACAGUUCCUGAGUGUCGAAAGUCUUCCGCCACCGGCCCCGACGAGAGAGUUCAGGGAUUCUAUAGUCGAUGUAGGCCACUUUCGAAGAUCCUGCAAGAGAUUUGCGGACAUCGGUGCACCGUACAUCUUCACGCAGGUCGCCAUAAGAUUUUCUGAAAAGGGCCUGCAAAGGCUCGAUGAUCUGGCUCGAUGGCGCAAUGUUGCACGUCACGUCAAGAGAUUCAGCUAUCUGGUGCCCUACUUCUUUGAAGGUGGUUUGUGGAUGCCCAGAGAGGAUCUUCCACAUGAACCGGCUGACUGGCUGACACAGGCUUGAAUAACCUGGACGAAAUCAAGGAGGAGCUACGCGAACUCGGCUUGCGUCCGUCCGACCUGGGAAACCUCCGACGAAAGGCUUAUGAGCAGCGGAGCAUUAUUGCAGGCGAGCACGACGUCCAUGUCCUCAAGAGGGCCAUUGCAAGCUUCUCCUCCUUGCAGUUGAUACAGAUCCUACGAGUGUCGGAGAGAGAAGAUGAAAUGGUUCUGCAGUACUUGAGGGGCCAUGCAGAGGCACGCACGACUGUCAACUUGGACUGGACUUCGGCUUGCCGACACGCAUCGCAUACCAUCGGAGUUGCGCUUUUGGCAUCGAACAACGUGCAGCCAAACCGGUUCUCUCUGCCGAUGGCAAGCCCUUCCAGCGCACGCUUCCUCCAGGUGGCAGGUCCAAAUGGAAUAUCGACAUUGGCUGAACGUCUGACUUGUUUGACUCUGCAUUUCGAUGAUGGUGACGAUCUCGACACCAAGAUCAUGGAGCUCUCAGAUCUAUUCAAGACGGUAUUUAGCCGAGCAAAGCGUAUGAAGGCAGUACACAUUGGGUUCCCGUCUCAUCGACCUCUAACUUUGCCACUGGCCAGUGUGUUCCACCACGUUGCCUGGGAUGAUCUCAUUGCAUUCGGAAUACAAGGCUGGGAGCUUGACUCGGAAGAAAUCGUUGAAUUCUUACAGAGACACGCGACGAAGUUGAGGGGCGUACGCUUGCGAGACGUACACCUCAAGGAGGGUAGUCAGUGGAAGGAUGUGCUGUCAUUCUUGAGAGAUGAGAUGCGCCAGCUACUUUGGGUCAGCUUGCGCAGGAUUGGCUACACGGCGUUCUUUCAUUCUCCCGAAUACUCGCAAUACGCCGGAGCGGAAGUACCUCCGCUGGACGGUGAUAGCGAAGAGGACGAGAACGAAGAGGACGAGCAGUACGCCGAUGGACCAAGUACCCACGUCGAUUCCGCCCCGAGCGACGACGAGAUUGAUCACAGCGAGGAUGACUCGGACGAGCAACACGAUUCGGACGAUGAACACGGACCGGAUGCUCACGAGAUGGAAUUCCCCAAUCUGAACUCACCAGACACGCCGGCCUCGGCUCCUUGGUGCAAUUGCGGCGGACCUGGGUAUCUAGACCUGUCGGACGACCUGGCGGAUGACGACGUGCGCAUCGACAAUGCCAAACGCAAGCGGUGGGAGCGCUGGGUCUUGAAGAGAUGUCCGGAGCACGGCGAACGAUGA